CACUACCCCCAGCACCAUCCUUUGAUCACACCGCUAUACCUACCGUUGACUGACCAUGUCCGAAGCGACAAUCGAGCCUCCUGCGGCCUCAUCGCCAGUGACGCCCAUCAACCUCGUGCUGCUCUCGCUGUUCGUCUUCAUCGUCUACCUCCGCCUCAAGCCCUCCACGCCACAGACCUUGCCGCGCGCUCCGCCGCCGACCGUAUUCCGGACCUUUACGCCACCGGAGUUGUUCCCAUACAACGGCCAGAAUGGCAUGCCGGUGUACCUCUCGGUGCGUGGCCGCAUCUUCGACGUGACUUCCGGGCGCAACUUCUACGGACCGGGCGGUCCGUAUGCGAACUUCGCUGGCCGCGACGCGAGCCGAGGUCUCGCGUGCGGCAGCUUUGACGAGGAGAUGCUGACCAAGGAUCUGGACGGGCCUCUGGACACGCUCGAGGACUUGGACGACGAGCAGAUGGAGGCCAUGCGCGGGUGGGAAGAGAGGUUCAGCGAGAAGUAUCUCGUUGUUGGCAAGCUGGUCGCGGUUGGUAGUCCUGAAGCCGAGACUGCAAAGGCGCAGCAAUGAGGCAUCGCACUCCACGCCGAUGCUGUGGCAAAAGAACACUUGGAUCCUGUAAUGAGGUUGACAUUAGCAUGCCAGCUGCGUUGAGAAGCUGAAGCACUCACCCUGCCGUGCCAGUUCUGCAGUGUGGAAUCGUCCACACUCACCCGCUGCACAGACGGUCUAGAAGUAAAGGCACACCUUCUACAUGAGGUAAAGGUACGCCUUCAACAGACAGUAAAAGUAUACGAAGUAAUGAACGUAAAAUCUGUUGUACACUGUACUCGUUCUCUGAUCUUCCGCGAACCGU